AUGAGUUUUGACACUCUCAAUGCUCUUGGGUACGAUUACACAUAUUUGGUUGAUGUUAUUGGAUAUCUUGCUGAAAUUGAGAGUGAGAAAACUCUUGAAAAGGAUAGCAAAUUUACCAAGUACAAUGUUAUUGAAUUAGAGAUUGAUGAUGGAGUCAAUUCUUACUGCCUCUGUCCUUGGUGUCCUUGCAGAGUCAAUGCUAGAGUUUCUUUGAACUUAAAGUGCAAAAAACUACAAGUUGAAUCUUGUUUGAAAUCCAAACUCAACCCUACUCACCUGGAAGUAGUUGAUACAUCUGGAGGAUGCGGUGCAAGUUUCGUAGUUGAGAUUGUAUCGAAAGAAUUUGAAGGCAAGAGGCUACUGGAGAGGCAUCAAAUGGUGAAUGCUGCGUUAGAGGAGGAAAUGAAAGAGAUUCACGCUCUCUUUGUCAAGAAAGCUGUCACCCCAGAGCAGUGGAAACAGCUGCAGCAAGACUCUAACCAAGCAAAUCCUGCUGCCUAG